GAGUCCUACAACGAAAUGCCGCAAAUUCCGGAGUAUAUCCGGGCGACGUCGAUGGUGUUCUGCAUCAUCAUAAUGUGCCUGGGGGUCAUCGGUAACAUAAUGGUUCCCAUCGUCAUACUCAAAACGAAAGACAUGCGCAACUCGACCAAUAUUUUCCUGACAAACCUGAGUAUUGCCGACUUGCUGGUACUGCUGGUCUGUACCCCAACGGUUCUGGUGGAGGUAAACUCACCGCCAGAGGUGUGGGUACUCGGAGAGGAAAUGUGUAAGGCGGUACCUUUCGUCGAGCUGACGGUGGCCCAUGCGAGCGUCCUGACCAUUCUGGCUAUAUCCUUCGAGCGAUACUACGCCAUCUGUGAACCCCUGAAGGCCGGUUACGUGUGCACCAAAGCGCGGGCUCUGGUCAUCUGUCUGGCCGCAUGGACUGUGGCGGCCAUACUAACGAGUCCGAUUCUGAUGAUCUCAUCGUACGAGUACGUGGAGUACGUCAACGGGAAGUUGGUUGCAUCCUGUCUGACGCCGGUGGAGAACUUCUGGCAUGCGGGCUUCUUCGUCGGGAGCAUCGUGGUGUUCUUCAUUUUUCCCCUUUUCAUUCUAGUCGUGCUGUACUCGGUGAUCGCCAAGAACCUGAUGGACAAUCCGGGUAUCAUCAUGUCGAACGCCACCGGCAAUCGGAACAAUAUGAUCAAGUAUCGGAAGCAGGUUACCUUCAUGCUGGGGGCGGUCGUUGUCAGUUUCUUCUUCUGCUUGUUGCCGUUUAGAGCGUUAACAUUGUGGAUCAUCAUUGUGCCCAGCGAGAAGAUCGUUUCGAUCGGUAUCGAGCGUUUCUACAUCAUCUUGUACUUUUGCAGGAUUAUGCUGUACAUGAACUCGGCCGUCAAUCCAAUCCUGUACAAUCUGAUGUCUUCGAAGUUUCGCAAUGGAUUUCUGCAGCUGUUGGGCUGCAGCAAACUGGUUCGGUCAGACACAUUGUCGUCAGGAGUACGAAAGGGAACCUUCCACACGACGUCCACGAAUCUGAGUAGCUCCCACAAUAGCUCCAGUCAGAGACGGCUGACCAGAGAGGAAAGCAGCGUCAGUGGAAGUAUUCGGGUGGUUGCAGAAAAUAAUAGCAGAAAGCGAUUGGUACACCAUAGACACAGUAGUACGAUAUCAAUACGAUCUUCUAACGACGAAAAUCGAGAGAGUGUUACCGGAAACAGUAUUUUGGAAACAAGCCCAUUAAAAGCCUGCAAAAUCGAAGAGCUUGACGAAACAGUCUCGCUACCAAAUGGUUACGGUUUCCUUAGAUGUAAGCUAAACACUAAUAAGUGUAAUGUUAGUUAUACUGCCAACAGUUGUAACAGUAAGACUAGUCAUCGGGCGAAUGGAAGCAUCUCGGUAGAACCGACAACCAUUCACCAAACCGACAAUAAACAGUUAGUUAUAAGAAAAGCUAUCGUUGUAGUGCGUGAGAUAGAGGACCAGUCGUCAGCAGUCGAGCGACAGGAUGACUCAGGACAGAUCUCGAACGGAGAGGAGGAGCUCGGGGCGGGAAACCCGGACUGCACAACCACCGUCAUCCUUAACACAUGCGGCUGCACGCACCAGUUAAUGUCCAUCACUGCCAAAGAGGAAACAAAUGGCAACUUUGUCGGCGCCGGCUGUAGCGUCGUCGUCAGUGCCGAUGGGGAAACAAUUUCCGGCACCGGAUUUAACAGCUUUGAUUUGGAUAGCAGCAGGUAUGACGAAGGAGCGGAUUCUGAUGAGAUUACUAAAAUAAGACAAUUUUACGGCUCCAUGGAAUGUGAUAUCUAG